AUGUCCAUGGCUCGACCAAGCAUCCGGAUGGGCUACGAGGGCGGCGUGUUACUAACUCACAUGUCCCAGAACAAGCAAGCGCCGAAGUGGAGCUUUGCUGGAAAAAGCCCUGGCAGUGGCAUCAGACCGAAGACGCCUGGGCCUGGCACUUAUGGCCAUCAGACGUCCCAGUCCUGCAGGAUCAGGCAGCCUUGCCACGGCUUCGGCUCCGCAGCUCGCGACAAGGCUGGCAUGGCUUUGGCCUCGCCCGGGCCUGGUGCCUACGGGGCCAGCGAAUCCUACGGCUCAAAGCGCCCCCGUUCUGCUGGCCCUGUGUUCGGCAGAGCUGCUCGUGGGCUCGGGUCUGGAAGGGACACGCCAGGCCCUGGCUCCUAUGUGCCAAACGUAAACUCGACGAGGCCGCAGUUCCCGCGACACACUUGCACUCCCCGAAGAGACGGGGCCGACUGGGGACACCGAAAGUGCUCCACCACACCCGGCCCGGGUACCUAUGGCCAUGGUGGUGCGGCUGGUGCGGGCUCGGAGAGUCCAGUGUCAAAGUCCGCCCCGAGAUGGGCGUUUGGCACUGCCGACCGAGGCGUCCGAGCAAACGGCGAGAAUCCGGGACCUGGCCAAUACGACCUCCGAUCCCGAGUCGCCGGACCGAAGUUUUCGAUUCGAUGCCGCAACGAGUCGGCCCGGUCCGGGCGCCUUUGGUGGGAUGUACACCCAGUUCGGCUACUGAGGCGCUUGGCGGAGAGCGGUGAUCUGGCUGACCAGCACCGCUUCGCACCUAAGUUUGCAAUCGGCUUCCGAGUGAAGUCGGAUGUCGGUCUAAGCUGUUUCUUGACUCCCGGGCGGAAGCUGGUCGGUAAACUGCUGUCGAAUCGGAUCACAUCAGACUUCCAGCGACACGACGUGCUGCCAUCUGGAGAGGUGCUGCACUUGGGAUCCCUGGGUUGCCCACCGGAGCAAGUCAGAGCGGCAGAGCCAGAGGCGGACCGAAGGAUUCAGCGGCGCCACAGCUCUGAGACGAAGCGGCGUACACAUGACAAGGCCUGGGCCGCCGUGCUCUACUCGGAGGCCACCGAGGCGCCCGCGUCACCGAGGCGGCGCUUGGCGCUGGCGCUGGGACUUGAAUUUAUCUGCGAGGUCGUUCGCAGGCGCACGUCCACCGGAACUUUUCAAGAGAUGAGUGCCGAAGCUGAACUGAUUUCUGCACGUCAGCCAUACUUCGUGCAUCUGGAUUUGAAGACGUUUUCCGAACAGGAACAGGUGCGUGCAGCCCUGCUUCAUGUGCCUGAGACGGUGGCAGUUGCACUUGUCUUUGACUCUACUGUCGCCACCAGUGACGGCGAAGUGCUCUUCAAGGGCACGGACGUAGCAUUCCGCAAGGUGACGUCAGAACAGAUCAAGAAAGCCAUGGAAAGCCGGAUGGCGGAGGAUGAUCAGAAAAUCUAUGAGGUGCCAGUCUCCCUUUUAAAGGACGGCUUGUCCAGUCUCUUCAUCCAGGUCGAGCCAACGCAGGAAUUGGAUGUGCGGACGCUCUUUGCAGCAGAGGGCUUUAUCCAUGGUGAGGUAGUGGAAGCAAUUGAAGUUGGCAGCAGCAGCAGCAGCAGCUGCCCACGUACGGAAGGCUCGGACCGCCCAUCGCACAGAGCAUGA